AUGGGUAACGAUAAUACGAAGAAGAGCCAAGUGGAGGGAGAGAAUAGACAAUCCAAGCAGCCGGUAAAUUUCCUGCCUCAAGGGAAAUGGUUGAAGCCGAAUGAAAUCGAAUACGAGUUUGGUGGGACCGUCGGUGUCAUUGGUAUGUUGAUCGGGUUCCCGUUGCUGAUGUACUAUAUGUGGAUUUGUGCAGAGUUUUAUCACGGGAAAGUUGCGCUGCCCAAGGCGGGCGAGUCGUGGUUGCACUUCAUCAAGCACCUUUACCAGUUGUUCUUGGACAACGGUGUCCCUGAAAAGUAUGACUGGACUAUCUUCCUGACAUUUUGGGCGUUCCAGAUUAUUUUCUACUAUACGCUGCCUGGUAUCUGGACCAAAGGCCAGCCUUUGUCCCAUUUAAAGGGUAAGCAGUUGCCCUACUUUUGUAAUGCUAUGUGGACCUUGUAUGUGUCUACUGCUUUGGUCCUAGUUUUACACUUCACCAAGCUGUUUAGGUUGUACGUUAUUAUUGACCGUUUCGGUAAAAUCAUGACAUGUGCCAUCGUUUCGGGUUUUGCUUUCUCCAUCAUACUGUAUUUAUGGACGCUGUUUGUUUCUCAUGACUAUCACAGAAUGACAGGCAACCACCUAUACGAUUUUUUUAUGGGCGCUCCUUUGAAUCCUCGUUGGGGGAUCCUAGAUAUGAAGAUGUUUUUCGAAGUUAGAUUGCCUUGGUUUACUCUUUAUUUUAUCACUUUGGGUGCCUGUUUGAAACAAUGGGAAACGUAUGGCUACGUCACUCCACAACUAGGUGUUGUUAUGUUGGCCCAUUGGUUGUACGCCAACGCAUGUGCCAAGGGUGAAGAGUUGAUUGUUCCAACUUGGGAUAUGGCUUACGAAAAAUUCGGUUUUAUGCUAAUUUUUUGGAAUAUCGCCGGUGUCCCAUACACGUACUGUCACUGUACUUUGUAUUUAUACUACCAUGAGCCAUCUGAAUACAACUGGUCACCAUUGUACAAUAUUUCACUGUACGUCGUCCUACUAUGUGCUUAUUAUUUCUUUGAUACUGCAAAUGCCCAAAAAAACUCGUUCAGAAAGCAAAUGUCCGGUGACAAGUCUGUUAGAAAGACCUUCCCAUUUUUGCCCUACCAAGUCUUGAAAAAUCCAAAAUAUAUGGUCACUUCUAGCGGCUCAUAUCUUCUGAUUGAUGGUUGGUACACUUGGGCAAGAAAAAUCCAUUACACAGCAGAUUGGACUCAAUCCUUAAUUUGGGCCCUAUCUUGUGGCUUCAAUUCGGUAUUCCCAUGGUUUUUCCCAGCCUUCUUCCUUGUUGUCUUAAUUCACAGAACCUUCAGAGAUCAGACUAAAUGUAAGAGAAAGUAUGGCAAGGAUUGGGACGAGUAUUGCAAGCAUUGCCCUUACAUCUUUAUUCCUUACGUUUUCUGA